AGAGAAGCAAGGGAGAGAAAUCAAGCUUCACGAGUACGGGAAAUUACAGUAUCAUCUUCUCCAUCUUUUUUACUUUCUUGAGGGCUCUCCUCUCCACAACUUCAAUCACCACUUGAUCGGAACUCUCGCCGUUCUCUUUCGUCUCCGACGUUCUCCCCCCGUCGAUUUUCAUCUUCUCAGUUUGAAGGGGUGAAUUGGUAAGGUCAAGCCAAGAUGGCGAACUUACAAGUGUCUGGAAUAAUCGAAAAGAUGACUGGUAAAGAUAAAGAUUACAGAUAUAUGGCAACCUCUGAUUUGCUUAAUGAGUUGAAUAAGGAGUCCUUUAAACUUGACCCGGACUUGGAGAUGAGAUUGUCCAGUAUCAUUCUGCAACAGCUCGAUGAUGUGGCUGGUGAUGUUUCUGGAUUGGCUGUUAAAUGUCUUGCUCCAUUGGUGAAGAAGGUUGGAGAAGAACGAAUUGUUGAAAUGACCGGCAAAUUAUGUGAUAAACUACUGCAUGGGAAGGACCAGCAUCGUGAUACCGCAAGCAUAGCUCUCAGGACUGUUUUCGCCCAAGUUGCUCCUUCGCUUGCUCCUUCUAUUCUUUUUACUCUUACCCCACAAAUGAUUGGAGGGAUAAGUGGCCAGGGAAUGAGCGCAGGGAUUAAGUGUGAAUGUCUUGAGAUCAUGUGUGAUGUUGUUCAAAAAUAUGGAAGUUUAAUGGCGGAUGAUCAUGAGAAGCUAUUGAACACAUUGUUAUUGCAAUUGGGCUGUAACCAAGCCACAGUCAGGAAGAAGACUGUUACAUGCAUUUCAUCUCUUGCUUCCAGUCUGUCUGAUGAUUUGCUCGCAAAAGCAACAGUUCAAGUUGUGAAAAACCUAAGUAAUAAGAAUGCAAAAUCGGAGAUUACACGCACCAAUAUUCAAAUGAUUGGAGCUUUAUGCCGUUCUGUUGGAUAUCGAUUUGGGACUCAUCUAGGUAACACUGUGCCAGUAUUAAUCAAAUACUGCACCAGCGCUUCAGAAAAUGACGAGGAGCUGCGCGAGUAUAGCUUACAGGCACUUGAAAGUUUCUUGCUACGUUGUCCAAGGGACAUCUCACCAUAUUGUGAUGAAAUUUUAAAUCUCACUUUGGAAUAUAUUAGUUAUGACCCAAAUUUUACUGACAACAUGGAGGAAGAUACUGAUAGUGAGACUCUUGAAGAUGAGGAAGAUGACGAGAGUGCAAAUGAGUACACAGAUGAUGAGGAUGCUAGCUGGAAAGUUAGGAGAGCUGCGGCGAAAUGCUUAGCUGGAUUAAUCAUGUCUCGUUCUGAGAUGCUCUCUAAAAUAUAUCAAGAGGCCUGCCCGAAACUAAUUGAUAGAUUUAAGGAAAGGGAGGAAAAUGUGAAGAUGGAUGUAUUCAACACAUUCAAUGAUCUGUUACGGCAGACAGGAAAUGUUACGAAAGGUCAAACUGACACCGAUGAAUCAAGUUCGUUUUGGCAUGGUUCCUCUUUUAUAGAUUCAUAAAUUCUUACCUAUCUGUAGGUUGGUGCAUUCUCCGUUUUGAGAGAACUUGUGGUUGUUCUGCCUGACUGCCUUGCUGAUCAUAUUGGUUCACUUGUUCCUGGAAUUGAGAGGGCGCUAAAUGAUAAAUCUUCAACUUCCAACUUAAAAAUUGAAGCUCUUGUCUUCACAAAAUUAGUCUUGGGAUCACAUGCGCCUCCUGUUUUUCAUCCUUAUAUCAAGGCACUUUCAAGUCCUGUUUUAGCUGCUGUUGGUGAACGCUAUUACAAGGUGACUGCUGAGGCAUUAAGGGUUUGUGGGGAACUUGUCAGAGUAGUUCGCCCAAGUACUACGGCAAUGGGCUUUGAUUUUAAACCAUUUGUUCAUCCAAUCUACAAUGCGAUAAUGUCUCGCUUGACAAAUCAAGAUCAAGAUCAGGAGGUCAAGGAGUGUGCUAUCACCUGCAUGGGACUUGUGAUUUCAACAUUUGGCGAUCAACUGAGAGCAGAAUUACUGUCAUGCCUUCCUGUGCUUGUUGAUCGAAUGGGAAAUGAAAUCACUCGCCUCACUGCAGUAAAGGCAUUUGCUGCCAUUGCCACUUCUCCGCUGCACAUUGAUUUAUCAUGUGUCUUGGACCAUUUAAUUGCUGAACUGACGGGAUUCUUACGUAAGGCUAAUCGGGUUCUAAGGCAAGCAACACUGGUUACUAUGAAUACAUUGGUAACAGCCUAUGGUGAUAAAAUUGGUUCAGAUGCUUAUGAAGUUGUUCUUGUGGAGCUUUCAUCUCUGAUAAGUGUUUCGGACCUGCACAUGACAGCACUUGCACUCGAACUCUGCUGCACUCUGAUGACUGGAAAGAGUUGUAGUGAAAAUAUCAGUUUGGCUGUUCGCAACAAAGUUCUUCCGCAGGCACUAACUUUAGUUAAAAGCCCAUUGCUCCAGGGCCAAGCACUUUUGGAUCUACAAAAAUUCUUUGAAGCGCUGGUGUAUCAUGCAAAUACGAGUUUCUACACCUUGCUGGACUCAUUGCUAUCUUGUGCUAAGCCUUCACCUCAGUCUGGAGGUGUCCCAAAGCAAGCAUUAUAUUCAAUUGCACAGUGUGUGGCGGUUCUUUGUCUCGCAGCGGGUGAUCAGAAUUGUUCGUCUACAGUUAAAAUGCUUAUGGAAAUCCUUAAAGAUGACAGUGGCACGAAUUCAGCCAAACAACAUCUUGCCCUGUUAUCUCUUGGUGAGAUUGGGAGAAGGAAAGAUCUAAGUGCACAUGCUGGCAUUGAAACAAUUGUCAUUGAGUCUUUCCAAUCUCCUUUCGAAGAAAUACUCGCGUUGUUGUUCAACCACUGUGAAAGUGAGGAAGAGGGUGUACGGAAUGUUGUUGCUGAAUGCUUGGGAAAAAUGGCUUUGAUAGAACCUAAGAAGCUGGUUCCUGCACUUCAGGUGAGGACGACGAGUCCAGCGGCUUUUACUCGUGCGACUGUUGUUACUGCUGUGAAGUACUCUGUAGUGGAACGGCCUGAGAAAUUAGAUGAAAUCAUCUUCCCUCAGAUUUCUUCUUUCCUUAUGCUGAUUAAAGAUGGCGACCGGCAUGUUAGGCGUGCAGCUGUCUCAGCUCUGAGUACUUUUGCUCAUUAUAAACCAAACCUUAUUAAAGGACUUCUCCCUGAAUUGUUGCCUCUUCUUUAUGAUCAAACCGUUAUUAAGAAAGAAUUAAUUAGGACGGUUGAUCUGGGCCCAUUCAAGCAUGUUGUUGAUGACGGGCUUGAGCUGAGGAAAGCGGCUUUUGAGUGUGUAUUUACUCUGCUCGAUAGCUGUCUUGAUCAAGUGAAUCCUUCUUCUUUCAUUGUUCCUUUCCUCAAAUCCGGAUUAGAAGAUCAUUAUGAUCUGAAGAUGCUUUGUCAUCUUAUACUCUCCUUACUAGCAGAUAAAUGCCCCUCAGCUGUACUUGCUGUACUGGAUUCUCUAGUGGAACCACUGCAAAAAACAAUAAACUUCAAGCCGAAGCAAGAUGCAGUGAAGCAAGAGCAUGAUCGUAAUGAAGAUAUGAUCAGAAGUGCACUUCGUGCAAUAUCAUCAGUGGAUCGUAUAAGUGGGGUGGAUUAUAGCCAUAAGUUCAAGAGCUUAAUGGGUGACAUGAAGAGGUCUGUUCCAUUGUGGGAGAAGUAUCAGAUAAUCCGGAACGAGUAGGUUUUUUGUCUUGUUUUGUGUAUGUGUUGUUUCAUUGAAAAAAAAGCAAUCGAUGAUGAUUUUCGGGUACAGCGAAAGAAAGAGUUGAUAACAUAAAUUUUCUGACUCGGCGGAAAAUGUUUUUUUUUAUUGUUCGACAGAAAAGGAAUUUUUAUUAUCUACUUUCCUCAUUGAACCUUC